UCUACUUGCCCCUCAGCUACUUCAGAGGAGCUGGUAAAGUGGCCGUCAGGCUUGCCCAAGAGCCAUGGCAAAGAAUGGACUUGUAAUUUACCUCCUGGUUAUCACCUUACUCCUGGACCAGACCACCAGCCACCCAUCCAAAUUCAAAGCCAGGAAGCACAGCAAACGCCGAGUGAAAGAAAAGGAUGGAGACCUGAAGACUCAAAUUGAAAAGCUCUGGAGAGAAGUCAAUGCCCUGAAGGAGAUGCAAGCCCUGCAGACAGUCUGUCUCCGAGGCACAAAAGUUCACAAGAAAUGCUACCUUGCUUCAGAGGGCUUGAAGCAAUUCCAUGAAGCUAAUGAAGACUGCAUUUCCAAGGGAGGGACCCUGGUUAUCCCCAGAAACUCUGAUGAGAUCAAUGCUCUCCGAGACUAUGGUAAAAGGAGUCUGCCCGGUGUCAAUGACUUUUGGCUGGGCAUCAACGAUAUGGUCACAGAAGGCAAGUUUGUUGAUGUCAACGGAGUUGCCAUCUCCUUCCUCAACUGGGACCGUGCACAGCCUAAUGGUGGUAAGCGGGAAAACUGUGCACUGUUCUCCCAGUCAGCUCAGGGCAAAUGGAGUGACGAGGUCUGUCGUAGCAGCAAGAGGUAUAUAUGUGAGUUCAUCAUUCCUCAGUAGAUCCUUCUUAAAUAUGUCUUCCAAGCAAGAGUGGUCAUGAUGUAUACGCUGAUGGUGCCCAAGAAUGAGUCAAAAUUGUCACACAGGAGUCUGUGUCCAUAGGAAUACAAGAUUUAGCCAAUUUUGCUACUAUAUUUCAUUGUGAUUUUGCCCUCCACUGGGUAUGAGGUAUUAGGAAAUAAUGAUCUAGCAUGUGCACACCGUUAAGGUGGCUGCUUCACAAUAGAUGUCAAAAUCUCUCCUUUCUUAAUUCCUCUCACUUGUAUUGAACAAGUCUGGGUUAAAAGUACAACAGCCAAAAAAAAGAAAGUUUAGGUUACCUGGAAGAUUUUUCUCUUGAAACUGUAGCACAUAUUUAAUGUAUGAUAAUUCUUUAAAUCAGAGAUUCCAGGAGCUAUAUAAUCCAAAACGUUUUCAGUCCAAUGCUUAGUCCUAGCCAUGGCACCUUGUUUCCCAUUACCCUUUCUUUGAGUAGCUGCAUCUCUUGGUGGGACUUUAAUCUGGUCUGUCACAUCAGGCUUUGAAUGUUUCAGAAAUAUUCUGAUGUAACUGGUUUUUUCAACCCACCACACACAUACCCCGCUUUUGGAAAUGUCCAGCCAAGGGUCUAAAAAGAAAUAGUAAGUCAGCAUAUUUGAUCACUUUCCACUCCCAGCAUUAUAUUACAAUUUCUGACGUGAAUGGUUAACCCUAAGGCAGAACAGAGUGGCAGAAUGGAUGGGGAAAAAAAUAGGGGAAAAAAAGUAUUUUUUUUUCCCUUGCUUUAGCAUCCUUAACCUCUUUGAUGAAAUUGAGGGUGGACUUUAUGUGUUAAUUUCCUUUUUUUGCAUACUUUAUAUAUUUACAUAUACUUCAAAAUCAUCUAUUUAAGUCUAUUAUGGGCAGUCUAUCU